AUGGAGGCAGACGCUUGCAAUGUUCCGCAAGCCAUUGCGAUCUUCGUCCCUGGGCGACUUUGCCUCUUUGGGGAGCACUCUGACUGGGCAGGAUCCAUGCGCGCGUCCAAUCCCGACAUCGUGCCAGGCAGGACCAUCGUGGUGACAACCGAGCAGGGGCUGUACGCCCGUGCGCGCCGCCGCGACGAUGCCCUCCUCCACCUCACCUCCACCACCAAUGACGGGCGGCGCCUGAGUCAGACGUUCGACCUGCAAGACCCGGACGGCCUCAUCGAGACCGCCAGGGCCGGCGGCUUCUGGUCCUACGCAGCAGGCAUGGCCUACAAGCUGGCCCUGGAGUACAGAAUCGCCGGCCUGGAGAUCGACAACCACGCCACAACCCUGCCGCUGAAGCGCGGCCUGUCCUCCAGCGCGGCGCUCUGCGUGCUGCUGGCCCGCGCCGCCAACCGCGUUCUCGACCUGGGUCUGACGACGCGCGACGAGAUGCGGGUGGCGUACGAGGGCGAGCGCCUGACGCCCAGCCGCUGUGGGCGCAUGGACCAGGCGGUUGCGCUGGGCAGGGCCCCAGCCCUCAUGACCUUUGAUGGGGAUGCGAUGCAGGUGGAGAGCGUGGCCCUGAGGGAGCCCCUCCACCUCGUCCUCGCCGACCUGAGGGCGGGGAAGGACACCGUCCAGAUCCUGUCCUGCCUGCAGCAAGCGUACCCCGUCCCCAGCACUUCAGCACACCAUGCCCUGGUGCGCUGCUUGGGGCCCCUGAACGAGAGCCUCACCGUCUCGGCCGCGGCGAGCAUGGCCCGCGGCGACGUCGCCGGCCUGGGCCGGCUGAUGACUGCCGCCCAGGCCGAGUUCGACACCGCGGCGGGGCCGCUGUGUCCCUCGCAGCUGGGCGAGGCCGGGUCCCCCGUCCUGCACCGGGUGCUGCGCCUCCCUGCCAUCCAGCCGCACCUGCUGGGGGGGAAGGGGGUGGGGUCCCAGGGCGACGGCACCGCCCAGCUGCUGUGCAGGGACGCGGACGCCCAGCGCGCCGUCGUGGCCGUGCUGACCCAGGAGCUGGGGCUGGAGUGCAUCGCUUUCACCGUGCCCGCCACCGCGGCGGGGGAGGCGGGCGAGGGGCGCCGGGAGUCCUCGCAUCGGGAGACGGGCGGGGGAGGCGAGCGAGGGGCGCCGGGAGUCCUCGCAUCGGGAGGCGGGCGGGCGGCGGCGGCUCGCGAGCCGUGA